AGUUUCCAUCUUGAUCACAUGUGAGUAGUACAUUUUUCUGUAUUUAUUUUGGGAAUAAAUGAAUAAAAGUUGAUUAUCUCAAUGUUUUUGAAUAGUGUAAAUAUUGUAGUAACAAUAAUAACAUUAGAGUGUAUUUUUAUUAUGUACAUUCACAAAAAAUAUAUUUAUUCAAAUUGUUUGACAGUGCAUGAUUUGGCUAUAUUCGCGCCAUGUUGCAUUUGAUUAUUAACAAAUCUUGAAUAGUUCAGUAAAAUUUUCUAUUUCUUAUUUGUGAAUCCAUAAGUUUAGAACCCUGAUAGUCAGUACUUAAAGGGAAAACUUCUAAUUCACUGGUUUCCAUUGUAUUUAUUUGUCCAAGUCAGUGUAGAACUCCACAUGGUUCUAUGCCGCGUGGACACUUUAAUAUGAUUUGUUUUCAUUCUUUGAACAUUGUACAAGUUAAGUGUGCCGAUAAUUCAAUAUUGUAAGACAUUUUAUAGAGAUUGCCGUAUAUCAUAUUUUAAAGUUAGUUCACUGUAGUUGCUUUCAUAUAUAAUUUUUAGUUUGUACAAGCAAUUUUUUCGCUUUAGUAGACAAAUUGUUAAAUCAAGCUUACAAGGUAGAAACAACUGUAUAAACAAUGGCAGAUAAUUUAGAUGAUUCACAUUUUGAAACUGGAGAUUCCGGAGCAUCUGCUACCUAUCCUAUGCAAUGCUCAGCAUUGCGUAAAAACGGUUUUGUCAUGUUAAAAUCUAGACCAUGUAAGAUUGUAGAAAUGUCCACUUCUAAAACAGGAAAACAUGGACAUGCUAAAGUUCACUUGGUUGGUAUUGAUAUCUUUUCCGGAAAAAAAUAUGAAGAUAUUUGUCCUUCAACACAUAAUAUGGAUGUACCUCAUGUCAAACGUGAAGACUAUCAAUUAACAGAUAUUUCUGAUGACGAUUACUUAUCCCUUAUGUCUGAUAAUGGAGAAUUGCGUGAAGAUCUUAAGGUUCCAGAUGGGGAAGUUGGAGCUCAAGUACGUGCAGAGCAUGCCGCUGGCAAGGAUAUAUUAUGUACUGUACUCAAAUCGUGUGGAGAAGAGGUCGUAAUUGCCGUAAAAACAAAUACUGCACUCGAUAAAUAAUAAAGGUCGGUUGUACGACAGCGGGGUCGAUAUUAAAAAGAAGUCACAUUUGCCCUUUGGAAACCCCCCGCUUAAAACGUUUCAUGAAUCUAUCUAUCAUAUUGGACCAUCAGUUUAAAAAAUUAUAAAAAGCUUAUCCAAAAUGCUCGACGCCCUGUCAACCGGCAAAACGACGUCGAUGUGGUGUAAUUUACAUCUUUUGUAUUUGUUGAAAAAUUAAAUGCAAACAGCUACAUUUUCAUUCAAUAAAACUAAUUUAAUUUUAAUAUGUAACAUUUUUUUCUUUUUUUUUUUUAAUUUUGAUUACCAGCCAAUUUUAGAACCACCUUUUUCGAUUUGAAACUAGAUUGCUGGAUUUGUGUAUAUGUACGAGUUUUGUUUUUUACUACUAAUAAAUAAUGAAAGAAUGAGGUGAUUCUAGACACUUGUUGAUUUAUUUUGAAUGAAUAAACAUUUUUAAAGACUUGUUUUUGAUAUUGUGUAGAAUAAGUUUUUAGGGGAUAAAAACCUUGAUCAAAAUAACCUAUUGCUGGUUUUUUUUGCGCAAUAAUUUUUACUUGGAAUUGGUUAAAUAUAAACUAAAUAUCUU